AUGUUCUGUGAAGAUAAAAUAUCUGGAAUCCCAAAAUUUGAAAUCAAUUUUGAUAGUCAGAAUGAGUCGUUGGAAGAAGACUCAUCGAGUUUCACCAUCUAUUCGUCCUCUUCAAAUCCAAGUCCAGCUUCGUCGAUUGUUGAAGAUGAGCAUUUUUUUGAAGGAGCUGAAAAACUUUUGGAGAUAUGGUUUCAUAAAGUUGAUUCGACCUCUAGUGGAUCUUUGCGUUCAGUUCCACAUUUUGAGUUGGUUAAUAUGCUUCAAAUAGCCAAAUGUCAUAUACUUCAUAUGAAAAGUAAUGAGUAUUUAGAUAGUUACAUAUUGAGUGAAAGUAGUAUGUUUGUCUCGGACAAUCGAAUAAUAUUGAAAACAUGUGGCGAAACACGUUUACUUCACGUAAUUGAUGUGAUUUUACAUUUGGCGAAACAGUACGCGAAUCUUACUGAAAUAGCGAAUAUAUUCUAUUCACGGAAGAAUUUUUUGCGACCUGAAAGGCAGCCUUAUCCUCACCAUUCAUUUGAAGAUGAAAUAGAAUAUCUUAAUAAAUAUUUCAAAGAUGGUGAUGGAUUCACUAUGGGAUAUUCACUUCCAGACAAAUGGUUCCUUUAUACUCUUAAAGAACCAGAAUACACUAUUCACCAUCCAGAUCAUACAUUAGAAAUAUUGAUGAGUCAUUUACCUGAUGAAAUCUCCAAUGCAUUUACUAGUCUUUCAAAAAAUGGACGAAAUCUAACACUGGAUCAGUAUAUAACUAUUCAUGUAACACCAGAAUCAGAUUUCUCCUAUGUUAGUUUUGAAACGAAUCAAAAUAGAACGUGUGUUUAUCGGCAAACACUUUCAGUUUUAGAAAUAUUCAAACCUGGAAAAUUUAUGAUUACUUUAUUUGUGAAUAAAUUUUCCGAGAAUGGCAUUCGAACACAAAGAUUAUUGUGGGAUAAUGAAAUUAUUGGUUACAAAUGCAAGGAUCGUCAAUAUAUCUCGUUAAAAGUUGGUUUUUUCAAAAAAAAAGACACGCAUUUCCUUCUUAACGGAAGAAAUAAUUAA